AUGAGCAAACAGUUUUCAGAAGGAUAUUCUUCACUGCGUGAAGAUGUUAGAACUUUCAUCGUGAAUUUACAUAUCCACAUUAAAGACCAAAAUGUCGUGGAGAUUGAAAAUGACACUCAAGUUAAGUUUCCCAAACUAACGGAGCAGUAUUUCAUGACUACCAGAUGGCCAAGCGUAGAUAUUAUUAAACAAAUUGUUGACGAUCCACUUUUUCUCAUGCUGUAUAACGAACUCUAUUAUCGACACAUUUACGCUCACGUCAGCACCGGUUUAACAGUUGAAGAUAGGAUUCAGUCAUAUUUAAACUACACUAGUUUAUUUAAUGCACUUUUAGUUGCUGAGCAACCAGUUAAUUUGGUUCUCCCUAAUCAGUGGUUGUGGGAUAUAAUAGACGAGUUUCUUUACCAGUUUCAAAAGUUCUGCAGUUUCCGCAGUCGGUUAAAACUCAAGCCUGAAGAUGAAGCUCAACUUUUAAAGAAUCCAAAAAUAUGGAGCAUACAUAGCGUUUUGAAUGUUCUAUACUCUUUAGUUGCCAAGUCAAACAUCAAUGAGCUACUAAGCUAUUAUGCUCAGCAAGGCGACCCGGAUGACAUUGCAGAUGAUUUUGGUCGUUGCGUACUCUACAAAAUGCUCGGGUUCUUCAGUCUUAUUGGACUUUGUCGAUUACAUUGUUUACUAGGUGAUUAUUAUACAGCUAUUAAAGUUUUGGAAAAUAUUAAAUUCAAUCGUCUUGAAAUGUAUCAUGAAGUACCUACUUGUCAUAUUACAACUGGUUAUUAUGUUGGAUUUUCUUAUAUGAUGAUGCGCUCGUAUCAUAAUGCUGUAUCUACAUUAUUAGCCACAUUGUCAUAUAAAUCACGUGCAAUAGGUCUUAUAUCUCAACGUGCUGAUCUAAAAGAAUAUGUUAAUAAACAGGCGGAUCAAAUGAUGUCUUUGUUAGCUAUCUGUGUAACUAUGAUUCCCACUUCGGUUGAUUACAAUAUUGAUUUGGAUAAACGAGAGAAAUUCACGGAGACGCUUAAUCGAUUGCAACAGUUAGAUGAAGCCGAAUUCGCUAGUUCAUUUGAUCUUGGCUGCCCAAAAUUUAUCUCACCAGAAACUCCGUAUUACGCCAAAGCUUUACCAAUAAGUGAUUCAAUUUCUCCUUUGGAACCACAACGUCAACAAACUGACUUAUUCAAAACAGAAAUUAUUCAACAAAUUGAACUAUUACGUCUUCGUUCAUAUCUUAAGCUUUAUACAAAUAUUUCUGCAUCGAAAUUGGCUAAUUUCAUGAGUUUAUCUGAACCAUCUUUACAUAUGGAAUUAAUGGCUUACAAGUAUCGGUUAAAACAAACUAUGAGUCAAGCUAUUGACGCUGCAAAAGAUGGUAACGGUUUUGGUACAUCGAUCAAUUCUGAUUUGAACAGUUCUCAGCAAAUGCAUCCACAUUUGGAUUUUUAUGUUGAUAAUGAUACAAUUUAUGUCGCUGAUACAACUGUUGAUAGAAGAUUUUCAGAAUAUUUCAUUCUUCAUAUUGAACAAUUACAACAGAUGAACAAGACAUUGGAUACAUUGGAACGACGUAUACAUGAAGCAAAUGUUCAAGAACCAAAUGAUGCAGCUCAACUCAGAUCUUAG